CUUGAGGUAUGAGAUAGGGGUAUGUUGUACGUGGUAACAUGUGGACAGUCUCUAUACGAAGUGGUCAACCUGAAUUCAGCCAGGAAGCGAUCUCGAAGUGAGCUAUUCGAUUCUGCCUAGCACUGUUUAUGAGAUGACGAUAUAGCAAAAUUAAUUGUAUUCCGUGUCAAAUAAGACAAUCGAUCAGAUGACGAGCAUUCAAUGAAUACCGCGGAUGCAUCCGCCAAACAAGGACUUAACUGCGGGUGUCUCUCCGACGGGGAUGAGCUUCGAGAAUCCACGAAUGCGAUGAUUUAGUGAUGCUUCCAUCCACCGGUUACUUUAAAGCCAUCAAUUGCCCGUUUUACGAGAACGGUUAUUGCGAGAGGCCUUAUUGUCAUUUCCGGCACACACGACCUAGUCGAGAUGCCGUGGGCACAUCUACAACAACUGCAGCACAGGUUAGCCAGGAGGUACAGAAACCUCAAAAUACAAACUCCACCUCAGUAACAGCUACAACCCCAACAGCAAUCGAGCAUCUCGUAUCAGAAGCAGUAAAGAAAGUGUUGGCGGAACAAACUUUAAAAGAUACAGAAAAAAUUGUUAAUAAAGUAGUAGAAGGCUUAAAACCAAAACUUGUUCCUGCUGUAAUAACUGGAGCUCCACCUGUUUCAAAACCUAGUAUUCUUAUUAAUGAUCCAAUAGUAGCUCAACAUGGGAAUUUGCCAGUGGCAUCUACGACUAAACCAUCAAAAUGUACCUACAAUCCAACUCCAAUAUCGGAAUUACAGAGAAGACACAUACCAGUUCCGUCGUAUCAACCCUCGAAAGAGAGCAGGGCUGUAAAAAGGAAAUCUCCGGAUAUGGAAUUACCAUGGAUGGAUGUCAUUCGAAAUGUUAGCAAGAAAGAAUCUAAAGUUGGUUACACACCUACUUCCAUUACUUAUGCUCCAUCUGUGCAGACAUAUGAAGAGAGAAGAGCAGAAAAAAGGAGAAGAAGAAAAGAGAAAGAUUCUUAUCGACCAAAGCAGAAAAAGAGGAGAGAAGAAUAUGUUCCUAGAAGACCAAAAGUCCCUUUAAAGGAUAAGCAACCUCUGGAUGAUGAUAUUGAUGUAUUUAAUGAUAUCUUUGGUGAUACAAACCCCAAUUCAAGUAUCACUAUUGAUGAUGAUUCUCAAGACUUGAUGGAAAUAGAGCCAAAGUUUUCUGAUGAUGAAAGUGUUGAAAAUGCAACCAAAGAUGAUAAGGCAAAAGAUACAUUUCAAAACACAGUAUCUGAUGAUAGAGGGGUUAGUAAAUCAAAUGAGGAUUAUGAAAUUGACGAUAACGAAGAUGACAGAAGUUCUAAUCAUUCAGAUAGGGAGCCUCAAUUUGAUAAUUUAGAUGAAGAACUACAUUCAGACCAUGAUGAUAGAGGAAAAUCAGAAAAACAUAAAGAUUUCUCAAGGUGUAGCAAAGAUAUAUCAAAAAGUAAGCCCCCAGAAAAAACUUCCAGCAGAGAAGAUUCCAAACGUAAUAAACACAAGGACAAAGAAAAGGAUGGUUCUAGAGAUGUUAAGGGUAAAGAUGACUCAAAAGGGAAUAGAAGCAAAGAAAAUGAUUGGAGAAAUGUCAAAAUUAAAGAGGAAGGUUCGAAGCAUAGUAAAAGUAGAGAUGAAGAUUUUAAACACAAAGAUAGUAAAAGUAAGGACAAGGAUAGAGAAUCUGAUAAAAAAGAUAAAGACAAAGAAAAAAUUAAAGAAAGGGAUAAACAUAAGCUAAUUUCAAAAAGCAGUGAUAAAGAGCGUUCAUCGUCAUCUAAAGACAGUAGGGGGAAAGACAGGGACAAAGAUAAAGAUAGAGAAAGAGAAAAAGACAGAGACAAAGAGAAAGAAAAAGAGAGAGAAAAAGACAGAGACAAGGAGAGAGAAAAAGAUAGAGACAGGGAUAAGAGUAAAGACAGUAAGAAGAGCAAAGAAAGUACUCAUAAUAUAAAAAAAGAAAUAAAAUUAGAAAAGGAACGAUCUAGCUCAAAGGAUUCAAAAGAUAGAAAUAAAUAUAAAACUGAUGACAAGUAUAAAAUUAAGUCGAGCCUAUCGGAUUCAAAGAACAAAUCUAGCACUAAACAUUCACAUAAAAGUAUUGAUGAGCCUGGAUCUAACUCUAGUCAUAAAUCCAGUAAAUCUAAUAGAGCUUCGUCCGCAGAUUCAGAACAGCAUUCCAGUGAUGAACAAAUUAAAAGUGAAGAACCAUAUGAUUAUGAAAAGAAACUGGAUAGUCCGGAGUAUGAGGAGUUUUCACCGAUUUACGACGAACAACUUUUGGAAACUGACUCAGACUAUGACGUUGAAGAGGAAUGUAGGAAAAUAUUCCAGGAGUACGAAGAAGAUGAUGUACCUAAAGAUACCACAAGCAAAGCGCCUCCAAAGCCGGAAUUUGAAGAAUUCGAAGAGGUCAGCAAGAAGAGAGUAGCUCAUUCAUCAGCUGUUGCUAGUCUAAUCAAACAAGUUGGACCAAAUCAGCCUGUAAAGCGAGCUAUAAAUCCACAGCAACGUAUGUACGAGAGGUGGAGGCUAAUGAAAGAAAUUGCUGCUCAAAAAACUAUGGAAAAAGCUGAAAAAGCUACUGGUGUAAAGGCUGCCGAGAGUAGCUUCGUGAAAAAAAUUGCACAGAGUAGCUCAACCGACCAUCAAGUCAACGGCAACGGUCGAAUUAGAAUAGCACAAGUACCCUAUGCCAUGUCAUUAACACUAGAAAAGAAAAAAGUAAUGGAGCAGGCUGCCAAAAUAGAAAUGAAAACCGUCGCUCAGACGAAGAAAGGAGCACGGAUCGCACAUGUGCCCCAAGUGAUCCCUCAGCUCAUCAGACCAGAACCCUUGAAUAUCUCAGGAACGCAAAAGUUCCCGUUAAACGUGCGUCAAUUUUACGUAAAUGCGAUGCAAGAUAUUUGCAUUCAGAUCUACGACAGUCACGAGGAUGCGGCUCAGAGAGCCUUGCAGGAAGAGUUGGCAUGUUACGAAAGGUGUAAAGCUGUCAAUGUUUAUAAAAACUCGUGUAUGCUUACUGUGCACAGACUUCGCAAAGAGGUUGAUCAGAAGACUGUCGAUCCGACAACAUCAUAUAGUGGAUUAAUUUCCCAUGAGGCUGUGCUUGCAGGAAAAGUCAAGGGUUCAUGGAGUGUCGUUAAGCAGAAGAAAGCCUCUAGCGUAGAGGUCAAGGGGACUGCAUUGUAUUGUAUGUUAAGAAAGUGGAUAUUAAGUGAGCAAGAAUUGAAGGACAAUGGCUAUCCAAGGCCACAUCCCGAUGGACCAAAAGGACGAGCAAAGUUAUACGUAGUAAACAAUAGGGGACAGUCCACUCUUUCAAAAGUGCCUAAUGAACGUUUCUGCUGUCGCUGUCAUAAACCAUAUUAUGUAGAUAAAUAUGGCUUUCCUUUGCGCAAGGAAAAUUGUAUCUAUCAUUACGCGCGAAAGUUCACAUUCAGAGGUGAAACGAAGUAUAUGUGUUGUAAGCAAGAUGGUUCUUCGGAUGGUUGUUGCGAUGCAACUACUCAUGUUUGGGACUUUGUCGAUGUUGAAAAUCUUAGAGGAUAUGUCGAAACGUUCGAUAAGGAUAAUAUCUCAGUGGACGAACAUGGAGUUUAUGCUCUUGAUUGUGAGAUGUGUUAUACAACGCAGGGUUUAGAAUUAACGCGUGUGACUGUGAUUGAUGAAAAUCUUCAAGUCAAUUACGAAUCAUUGGUGAAACCAUCCCAUCCAAUUAUUGAUUAUAAUACUAGAUUUUCUGGCAUAUCCGAAAAGGAUAUGGAGAAUGUAACAACAACGUUGCUCGAUGUACAAGCUACUUUCCUAUCAAUGUUUUCGUCGAAAACCAUACUUAUUGGACACAGUCUUGAAAGUGAUUUUAAGGCAUUAAAACUACUUCAUAAUACUGUAGUUGAUACCAGUGUUAUGUUCCCGCAUAAAAAUGGACCUCCUUUCAAGAGAGCUUUGAAGAACUUGGUGUCUGAACACCUUCGACGAAUUAUUCAAAAUGAUCUUGGCGGACAUGACAGUAAAGAGGAUGCUCUUGCUUGUAUGGAAUUAGUUUUUUGGAAAAUUAAGGAAGAAUUAAAACUUCAAUGAAGUUAUUAUUAAGAUCAACGUUAUUCAUAAACUGGCAUUGCAAACCAUUGCACUGCCAAAUGUAUUAUAUUACUUUGUAAAAUAUUGUAAUAUACGCGGAAGACUUUUCUUAUCGUAGUGUUUGUUUAAGAUACUCGAAUACAUUUUUUUUACAAACGAAUUUUGUGUAAUGAAGUAAGUGUCAGAUUGAAAAGAAAAAUUUGCCCAUACGUUAUUAGUUUUGCUUUGUCCGAUGUAGUUUCUUUCAUUUUUCCUAUUUUUAUGCUAAAUAGUCGUUAUUUAAUUAUAAUGUAAUCGUUCGUAUGGGAUUAGUCAACAGAAUUAUAAUGACAUGUACGUGUUUUUUAACGUAUAAAUUAUUUUGAAAUGAAGAUUGGCUAUAACUAUAAAAUAUAAUUCUUUUUUUAAAUGUUGAAAAAAAAA